CGCGGCGGCGGCGCGCAGGGGACGCGGCGGCAGGGGCGGGAGGAAGGGGCGGGUCGCGGAGGCCGCGCCCACCGCCGCCGCGCUGCCGCCCGUGCGGGUGAAUGGGGCUCGGCGGCCCCGCGCGGGGGCGGGCGGCGGGGGGGGGGGAAGGAGCGUCCUCAGGUGAGGCGGCGGCGCCCCGGGGAGCGCUCCUCGGGAGCAGCGGUCGCCCGUCCGCCCGCCCGCGGCAGCUCCUUCGCUCAGCGGCCCCGUGCCAUUGUCCUGCGGGGCCGGCGGGGCAGGGCACGGCACCGCACCGCGGCGAGACCCUGCUCCCGGCCCGCCCCUCGGGCCAGGGGAAGCGGAACCGGGCCCGCCUCGGGUGGGCCCCGCCUAGGGAGUCGUGCCGUGACCCGGCGCCCGGGAGACGCCCCGGAGCGGCGGGGAGGGCGAGGGGCGGGCUGCGCUCCCGGCCGGCGGAGCUCGGCGCUUCGCGGGUCUCCGGGCUGGCCGAGGCCGGUGGCGAAGCCCUCCGCCGGCAGACCCUUCCCCACCCUCUCCCUCACCCCGGCCCCUCCGCUCCCUGCGGCGGGGUCUGUGCCCCCCAAGUGACCCGCGCUCGGUGCAGUGGUAACACUGGAGUCUGCGUGCGGGAAAGAAAACACGUAACCCCCGCAGCCCGCUGCGUGAGCUCGGCAGCGGGCCCGCCUGUUCUCAAGCUGUAAUCAUUCAAUGUGUCCAAGUCACUUUGUGCGAUUCUGCCGUUAUCUUUCUCGCUGACGGGAUCCUCCAGCGGCACAGCAUGGGUGUUAAUGCCCUCCGCAUCACCUCCCACCUCUCUCCCUUCUUCUGGCAAUGACAAAAACAAUGUGGCAGAAAGCCUUGUAGCCGGUGGUGUCACGCUAAUAACCGGAGGCCCUUGACAAUUUACGAGGUAGAGCCACGUAAUGGCUCUUCUAAUCUGUGUCCGAGGACCGUGUUCAUGCCCUCCUUCCUCCAGAUCCAAGCAGCUCGGAAUACCCCAAAGCCACUUUGCAUCCCUCCCUUUUGCAUUUUCUGCUGCUCAGCUGCAACUGAGGACUGGAAUUCAGAUGUUUCCAAAGGCUAAGCCAGCUCAGGUUGAGCAGUAUGGUGUGCCUCCUCUCCAAACAACCCGACUAAUGAAGGCUUUUUGAAUGCUAAAGAAAUGGCUCACCCGGGCAUAAACCAGAAGAGAAUGUGUUUCUGUUUAGUAUCAACCAGAUGCAAGAGGCUUGGCAGGCUACUGCUGAGCAAACCCAGCCGACUCCAUCGCAUCUCAUCAGCAUGGAUCACCCUUAAUACAGGGUCGUGAGGAGGAUGCAUGACUAAUGUUCUGGACACAUUCAGAGAAUCCAAAAGCUUCAAAAAGCAGAGUAAUCCUUCCUCUCACAGUGAGGUUUCCCCCAUCAUCUCUGAAACAACCUCCCGCUUUGCAGUCUUUGUUUCUUUGGAAAGUCUGUUUGUAUUUAAGAGGAAAAAGUAGCUGAGAUCUUCAUAUGUCUCACUACAGUCAGUGUCCUAGGACAGCAGCGCUUAUGCAAGAUCAUUUUGGUCUUCUUUGAUGAUCUGUAAAUAGCAUAAUGCAGGAUACAGUCGGAGAGGUUUCUGGAGUGGGGGGAAGUGGUUUUUUUCUGGUGGUUUUGGUUUUUUGAAGGUUAUUGUUCUUUUUACUUAAUAUGUCUAGAGUUUGGGCUUUGAAUAUGUAGGAAAAGAUUUUUUAUUUCACUUCUUUGGAUUAUUUUCCAUAGAACUAGUAUAGAAAGAAAAUGCAAUUUACUAUACAAUAGAAGUGAGAGAAUUGCAACAACAAAGCAUGAGCUUUCUCUCUGGUUAUAGUGAAGGGCUUUCCAAAAAUGGUGGGCUAAAAGAAAAUGGCUCUGACAGUGUGCUCCUGUUAGCAUCUAAGAUUAUCAAAACAGAAUUGAAUUAAGUAAUUUAAUAUAUUAUUCUCAUCACUGAUUAUGUUAAUCUAAUUUAUAAAUACAUCUUUUGCUCUGGACCAGACACAGAGCUGACGCCUGAACCAAUUCCAUGAGGUCAUGGUUAGCUGAACAAGAUGAGGAUCAGACUACUAUAUAGAUAGUUAAAAUAUACUGGCUAGUAUAAUUCUUCCUGUCCUCUUCUUUCUUUCCCUUGCCCCCAAGUCAUUUUCAAUUUCAGGUUGCCAUGAGUCAGCCGACUGCUGAAGUGUUGCAUAGCAGACCAUUAAAGGAAAUGCUUUCAACCAAAACUCUUUAGCUUUAUUUUAUUUAUGAAAUUAUGCAGUAUUUCUCAACUGUCUUCUGAGGGAGGAGGAGUAAACUAUCUCUAAAAUUCUUUAAGAAUGCUAAAAUAAACAGUUAUUGGCAUGACUCAGCAGAUAACGACAACGAUCGCCAGCAAGGGCUUUUCCUAAUGGAAUAAUAUUUUUGUUUUGUUGUAAAAAAGGCAAAACAACAUCACCAGAAAAGGAAGCAAAACUUGCUAUCAAACACAGUCCUUUGACUCCUGAAUGUGAAGCUCGGUCUUCCUACCAGCGUACCCUGCUCCUUGUUAUACAAGUAAACAAUUCAUAGAUCUUCCAUCAAGCACCUCUGAAGAGGAAUGAAAACAACAGCUGAAGCAUUCCACUGUGCAUCUUUCCACCAAGGUUCCUAAUAGUGCCCCUCGUACUGUCAAAUAGCAUCAGCAAAUCUAACCACAAGCCUCUGUAGACGUGAGUCUGGAGUAUGGUAUGUGUCUUUCAGUCUGUUCCCAGUAGACUCAAAUAUUUAAGUGAAAAUUCCUUGAAUAAAAAUGGAUUGUUUUUUCCCCCUAGAUUUAUCAUUAAAAGAAUUUGUAUUGUGCUGCAGGCUAUUCAGUGAGGGCUGAAGUCUCUUUUUGUGUAAAUACUGUUUAUCAAGUGUAAAUCAAUGCAUUGUGUAUUAAGUGUAAAAAUGCUUUUCUGACACUCAGAUAAAUUAUGAUUGUUGUUUUGA